CUCUCUCUCUCUCUCUCUCAUGGAGGCCCCUAACAAAUGGAAGAAGUGAUCACAGAUAGUGAUCACAGAUUCCAUUUCUGCCUUAGGAACCAUACAUCAGUAGCAAAUAGUGCGUCACCAACCCAGUAUCAUCCUUAAGCAGAGGGAGAAUACAGAGCCUCUAGUAUGAUAGAAGACACAAAGACUUACUUAUAUAAGAGACCAGCCACCACCACUGUUGGCAUAUGAAUACAGCUGCUGUUCAUAGCCAUCACAGGUUCACAAAAGGUACAUAAUACCUAAAUCAAGCUCAGACUACACGAGUGAUUCUUCAACACUGCAAACUUUGUACCAAAGAAAUAUUAUAAUUAUGUUUAUACACUAAUUUUGAAAUUAAAAAGAUAUACAGAACAAUUGUAAACUUAUUAAAAAAUUAUGGGAUUCAGAAAAAUCUUAAGCUGAAAUACUUUUGACAUGUCAUCACUUGAGGCUCGCGCUGCUCCGCCACUCUGCUCCACACGGACAAGACGGAACACGAAGACACCUGUGAGUUCCGGCCGUACAUGUGUCCGUGUCCCAGUGCCUCUUGCAAGUCGCAAGGCUCCCUCGAGCAUGUCAUGCCACACCUCAUGAGCGUCCACAAGAGUAUCACCACUCUCUAAGGAGAAGACAUUGUGUUCCUGGCAACAGACAUCAAGCUGCCAGGUGCAGUGGACUGGGUCAUGAUGCAGAGUUCCUUCGGCCACCACUUCAUUUUGCAGGGAAAGCAGUGACAGAAUUCUUCCAACCCAGCUGUGUUUCUCCUACCUCUUGAGAAGCAUUGAAGUAAAUUAAUGUAUAUUUAUAGGAUCUCUCAUGAUUGGAAUUGAAUGGACCAAGACGGAGACUCACCUGGGAAGCCACGCCCCGAUCCAUACACAAAGGCAUCCAAUCAGCCAUCAUGAACUCAGAUUACCUGUAAGAUGGAGGAAAUGUUGUCAACUUAGAGAAAACAUAGUUUAUGAAUCCUAGACAAAUCUUUCCUUCAAAACUUAUGUUCAGAGACAAAAUUCCUAGACAACUUUAUGCUACCAAGUGUCACUGUCAAGACACUCAGCCAAUCAUGGGGAAAGUAGAGUGUGAAAAUGCCUCUUAUAUUUUGUGGAAAUUUUUAUAUUCAUGGUGCAGUUUAGUCAUCUCAUGAAUAGAUAACCAGAGAUGAUUAGCUACUUGAAUCACACACUAUUGGCUUUGUCCUUGUUAUGUAAAAUUUCUAGCAGUCAUUCAUCAUUGGUCUCUAGAGAUUGACACACGUCACGUUCUCUUUUAACAAACUAUUAGAGGGAUGUGUUGUGAAUGUACAUUAGCAACUAGCACUACUAACACUGGCUAAGCCUAUUAGAGAAUUGACGGGGCAUUAUAUGAUCUGCCUGAGGAUUACAAAUUAAAGCUGAAAAAAGAUUUCAUUCUUUAGUUUGUGGUAUUAAAAUUGUUUCUUAAAUUUGUCCGUAGAAAGAUUUAGUACAUAUGUUGCAUCAUUUAUUUUAGGAGUAAUUGUUCUAUUUAUUUUACUAACAUAGUUUCAUUUAAAAAGAAAGCUUAUGUACAUAUGACAUUUUUUGUGCUCCUUUUAAAAGCUUUUGUUAUCUCAUGGGAGUCAAAGCAAAUGCAUAUAUAUGUACUUUAUUUUGUGGUCAAGUAAGACACACCAUGAAAAAUGUGUGGAAAUCUCAUGUACUUAGUCUAUUAUUUAUAGAACAAAAAAUAAUGCUAAUUGGAUUGGAUGUGGUUAGGAACAGAGGUUUGUGGAGUAGAGUGUGUUUGUACCUUUGUGCUUUUGUUACUAGGAGUUUUCCGAGGUGUGGUAGUGUAGGUAGCAUGGAGGGCACUUCACCCACUUAGUGUCCUCACCCAACCACUUCAUUUAUUGGUUUAAUGUUGUGUCUAGCAUCUGUUCCUAGAAACAGUGUGAAAGGGCUUCACAGGCACCAGUCAGCUGCUUAGAAACAGUCUGGCUGGGGAACAUAUUAGAGUGAUAGUGAUCACAGAUUCCAUUUCUGCCUUAGGAACCAUACAUCAGUAGCAAAUAGUGCUCAUUUAUGAGUCAUGCGUCACCAACCCAGCAUCAUCCUUAAGCAGAGGGAGAAUACAGAGCCUUUAGUAUGAUAGAAGACACAAAGACUUACUUAUAUGAGACCAGCCACCACCACUGUUGGCAUAUGAAUACAGCUGGUGUUCAUAGCCAUCACAGGUUCACAAAAGGUACAUAAUACCUAACUCAAGCUCAGCCUACAUGAGUGAUGCAUCACCACUGCAAACUUUGUACCAAAGAAAAAUUAUGAUUAUGUUUAUAUACUAAUUUUGAAAUUAAAAGAUAUACAGAACAAUGGUAAACUUAGUAAAAAAUUAUGAGAUUCAGAAAAAUCUUAAGCUGAAAUACUUUUGACGUCACCACUUGAGACUCGGGCUGCUCCGCCACUCUGCUCCACACGGACAAGACGGAACAUGAAGACACCUGUGAGUUCCGGCCGUACAUGUGUCCCUGUCCCAGUGCCUCUUGCAAGUGGCAAGGCUCCCUCGAGCAGGUCAUGCCACACCUCAUGAGCGUCCACAAGAGUAUCACCACUCUCCAAGGAGAGGACAUUGUGUUCUUGGCAACAGACAUCAAGCUGCCAGGUGCAGUGGACUGGGUCAUGAUCCAGAGUUGCUUCAGCCACCACUUUAUUUUGGUGCUGGGGAAGCAAGAGAAGUUUGAUGGCCACCAACAGUUCUUUGCCAUUGUGCAGCUCAUUGGGUUCAGGAAACAGGCUGAAAACUUUGCAUACAGCAGCUUCUCCCUGCACCGAGCACCGCCAAGCAGCACCAGAGAGGCACGAGUACGUAAGAUUCCUCAAGACCUCUUCAUCGACAUUGUAGAGUCUCUUCGCCAACACCGAGGACAGCACCGCCUGCCUGCCACCUCCCUUGGUCUUCAAGGCUCGUCAGUUCAAGGACCAUCUCUCUCUGCCAAGUUCGAGUGGGAUCUGACACUUGGGGACGAGGAAGGCUCGUCACUUCAAGGACCAUCUCUCUCUGCCAAGUUCGAGUGGGAUCUGACACUUGGGGACGAGGAAGGCUCGUCACUUCAAGGACCAUCUCUCUCUGCCAAGUUCGAGUGGGAUCUGACACUUGGGGACGAGGAGGAGUAUGUGCCGGUGGUGGCCAUCAUGACUUAAGCACCAGGAUCCCCAGGAUAUGUGUGUUAGUGGUGUCCACUUUUGAAGUUUAUCGUUCCUAUUUGCUGUGAAAUUAUUGCAUAACACUUUUUCCCAUGGUAGCUGCAUACCCAUGUGAAUGAGACUGAUGACUCUCGCUUCUUGGUGUACAUAAAAACCAGAGAAUCAUUGAGGAGAGACCUGCCUUUUCUUGUUCCACCAGAAACAAUUUUGUAGGUCACAGAAGUGUCUGCAAGGACCAUUGUUGGUAAUGCUUCAUCAUCUAAUGAUGUUUCAGCUGCUGGAUUGAUGUUAUCAAUAGGAAGUGUGAUUUGAAGCCAUUGGGUGUGUUGUUGUUGAUUGUUGCAGGCUGCUCUUUGACUGGGAAGGGAUUAAAAGGAUUGUUGGCAUCACCUGAAACCAGGGUAUAAAAUAUGAGCGAACCUACAGUAACUAUCUCUCUCUCUCUCUCUCUCUCUCUCUCUCUCUCUCUCUCUCUCUCUCUCUCUCUCUCUCUCUCUCUCUCUCUCUCUCUCUCUCUCUCUCUCAUGGAGGCCCCUAACAAAUGGAAGAAGUGAUCACAGAUAGUGAUCACAGAUUCCAUUUCUGCCUUAGGAACCAUACAUCAGUAGCAAAUAGUGCGUCACCAACCCAGUAUCAUCCUUAAGCAGAGGGAGAAUACAGAGCCUCUAGUAUGAUAGAAGACACAAAGACUUACUUAUAUAAGAGACCAGCCACCACCACUGUUGGCAUAUGAAUACAGCUGCUGUUCAUAGCCAUCACAGGUUCACAAAAGGCUCGCGCUGCUCCGCCACUCUGCUCCACACGGACAAGACGGAACACGAAGACACCUGUGAGUUCUGGCCGUACAUGUGUCCGUGUCCCAGUGCCUCUUGCAAGUCGCAAGGCUCCCUCGAGCAUGUCAUGCCACACCUCAUGAGCGUCCACAAGAGUAUCACCACUCUCUAAGGAGAAGACAUUGUGUUCCUGGCAACAGACAUCAAGCUGCCAGGUGCAGUGGACUGGGUCAUGAUGCAGAGUUCCUUCGGCCACCACUUCAUUUUGCAGGGAAAGCAGUGACAGAAUUCUUCCAACCCAGCUGUGUUUCUCCUACCUCUUGAGAAGCAUUGAAGUAAAUUAAUGUAUAUUUAUAGGAUCUCUCAUGAUUGGAAUUGAAUGGACCAAGACGGAGACUCACCUGGGAAGCCACGCCCCGAUCCAUACACAAAGGCAUCCAAUCAGCCAUCAUGAACUCAGAUUACCUGUAAGAUGGAGGAAAUGUUGUCAACUUAGAGAAAACAUAGUUUAUGAAUCCUAGACAAAUCUUUCCUUCAAAACUUAUGUUCAGAGACAAAAUUCCUAGACAACUUUAUGCUACCAAGUGUCACUGUCAAGACACUCAGCCAAUCAUGGGGAAAGUAGAGUGUGAAAAUGCCUCUUAUAUUUUGUGGAAAUUUUUAUAUUCAUGGUGCAGUUUAGUCAUCUCAUGAAUAGAUAACCAGAGAUGAUUAGCUACUUGAAUCACACACUAUUGGCUUUGUCCUUGUUAUGUAAAAUUUCUAGCAGUCAUUCAUCAUUGGUCUCUAGAGAUUGACACACGUCACGUUCUCUUUUAACAAACUAUUAGAGGGAUGUGUUGUGAAUGUACAUUAGCAACUAGCACUACUAACACUGGCUAAGCCUAUUAGAGAAUUGACGGGGCAUUAUAUGAUCUGCCUGAGGAUUACAAAUUAAAGCUGAAAAAAGAUUUCAUUCUUUAGUUUGUGGUAUUAAAAUUGUUUCUUAAAUUUGUCCGUAGAAAGAUUUAGUACAUAUGUUGCAUCAUUUAUUUUAGGAGUAAUUGUUCUAUUUAUUUUACUAACAUAGUUUCAUUUAAAAAGAAAGCUUAUGUACAUAUGACAUUUUUUGUGCUCCUUUUAAAAGCUUUUGUUAUCUCAUGGGAGUCAAAGCAAAUGCAUAUAUAUGUACUUUAUUUUGUGGUCAAGUAAGACACACCAUGAAAAAUGUGUGGAAAUCUCA